AUGAAGGCUUUCCUUGUCCUGCUGCUGGGAGCAGUCCUGUGCUUGGACUCAGGUUCUUCUUUGCAGUGUUACAACUGCAUGUCACAACUCAGCAACUCCAACUGUCAGAAGAAAGUGGACUGCAAGGAUAAGGAAACCACAUGCAAGACAGAUGUGAUCAGAGUCGUAGGACUCUUCAGCAUCAUCAGCAAGGGCUGUGACUCAUCAUGUGAAUCAUUCCACCAGGACUUCAAAGUGGGCAACAGGAAUAUCUCCUGCUGCAACAGUGACUUAUGCAAUGUCAACGCAGCAGGCACUGUGAGGGGCAGCUAUGGGAUAGCAGCAGGGAUAGCAGCCAGUGUGCUCUGGACCUUCCUGAACAACAGACUGUGA